CUAACGCGGUUGGUGGUGUGACGUCCGAACUCUCCUUGCCAAGCAUGGCUGUGUCUCUGUGGUUCCUGGGGGUGUUUGUGUUCACGCUGGCUCACGUCUCCCCCUCCAGCCAAGCUAUGUCCCGGGCUGCCAUGCCUUUUGGGCUGCUGCGCAGGGAGCUGGCAUGUGAGGGUUACCCCAUAGAGCUGCGCUGCCCAGGAAGUGACGUGGUUAUGGUGGAGACUGCCAACUAUGGACGCACUGAUGAUAAGAUCUGUGACGCAGACCCCUUCCAGAUGGAGAACACACAGUGUUACCUCCCUGACGCACUGAAGAUCAUGGCCCAGAGGUGUAACAACAGGACUCAGUGUGUGGUGGUUGCAGGGGUUGACGUCUUCCCAGACCCCUGUCCUGGAACAUACAAGUACCUGGAAAUCCAGUAUGAGUGCGUCCCUUACAUUUUCGUGUGUCCCGGCUCACUGCUCAGCAUCCAGCCGGCCUCGUCUCUCCUUGAGGCAGAGCAUCAGUCGGGGGCGUGGUGUAAGGACCCGCUGCAGGCUGGUGACCGGCUGUACGUCAUGCCGUGGACGCCGUACAGGACGGAGGUGUUGUACGAGUACGCCUCGUGGGACGACUACCGCCAGAACAGAGUCACCACCACCUACAAGUUGCCAAGUCGUGUGGACGGUACAGGCUUUGUGGUCUAUGACGGGGCCGUUUUUUACAACAAGGAGCGAACGCGCAACCUGGUCAAGUACGACCUGCGGACUCGCAUCAAGAGCGGUGAGGCUGUGGUUGUCAAUGCCAACUACCACGACACGUCGCCAUACCGCUGGGGAGGGAAGUCAGACAUUGAUCUGGCCGUGGACGAGAACGGCCUUUGGGUGAUUUACUCUACUGAAGCCAAUAAUGGACGCAUCGUAGUCAGCCAGGUGAACCCCUACACUCUAAGGUUUGAGGGUACAUGGGCCACCGGCUUUGACAAGCGUGGGGCAAGUAACGCCUUCAUGGCCUGUGGCGUGCUCUAUGCCGUGCGCUCUGUCUUCCAGGACGAUGAGGGUCAGGCGGAGGGCAGAGUCGGCAGCGACAUGGUGGUUUACGCCUACGACACCAGUCGUGGACAAGAGUUGCCGGUUCAAAUCCCAUUCCCCAACCCAUAUCAGUACAUCUCCUCCAUAGACUACAAUCCCAGAGACAACCAGCUGUAUGUGUGGAAUAACUACUACGUGCUGAGAUACCCGCUCCAGUUCACACCCCCACCACCCACCAAAGGUCCUCUCUCCUCCCUGAUGACAACCGUCCGCUCCUACACGGCCACGGUCGCCCUGACUCCAGUGCGCCCUUCAGCCUCUCAUCCAAUCGGCGUCAUCAACAGAGGACCCUUUGACCAACGACCAAUCACAGCCAUGGUCCCUCUGACCCCACGUCCACCUCUGCGUGUCCCUUUGGCUCCUGGGGGCCCUGGUCAGGUGGGCGGGUGUGAGGGCCGGGUGGCACGAGGGGUGCAGUGGCCGCCAACCCUGAAGGGAGAGACCGUGGAGAGACCCUGCCCUAAAGGGUCCCUGGGUAUUGCUUCCUAUCAGUGCGUGCAGACGCCUGUAGGCUGGAGCUCCAGAGGACCUGACCUUUCCAACUGCACCUCUCCCUGGGUCAGCCAAAUUGCACAGAAGAUUAGGAGCGGAGAGAAUGCGGCUAACAUUGCCGGGGAGCUGGUCAACCUGACGCGUGGGCGGAUCUACGCCGGUGAUGUCAGCAUGUCUGUCAGGCUGAUCGAACAGCUAUUGGACAUCCUGGACUCCCAGCUCCAGGCCUUGAGACCGGCCAACAAAGAGUCAGCGGCUCGCAAUUAUAACAAGCUGCAGAAGAGAGAGCGCACUUGCAGAGCCUACGUACAGGCCGUUGUUCAGACGGUUGAUAACCUGCUGGGUCCUGAAGCCUUGGUGUCCUGGGCUGACAUGAGCAGCUCUGAUCAGUCCCGCUCUGCAUCCCUGCUGUUAGACGCGGUGGAAAAAGGAGCAUUUUUAUUGGCUAACAAUCUCUAUGAAGGCCGUUUCAGUGACAGGACCCCAAAUGUUGACGUGGAGGUGUAUGUGCUGAAUACAGAGGCGGACAUACAGGACCUGACGUUCCCUCACUCGUAUGACAGCGAUAGCAUCCUGCAGAUAUCGGCGCUGGCUCUGCAGCAGUACAGCAACAAUGGCCAGGUAAAGCUGGUCCUCACUCUCUAUAAGAAUCUUGGCUCCUUCCUGACCACCCAGAACUCCACCCUGCGACUGGGGCUGGGACUCAGUCAGGGUUCAGAGGUCAGACGUAGGAGUCUGGUGGUCAACUCCCACGUCAUCUCUGCGUCUGUGCACAGAGGAUCCAACAGAGUUUACCUCUCUGAGCCGGUGAUCUUCACUCUUAGGCACCUACAGCUUGAGAACCACUUUGGCCCCAACUGUUCUUUCUGGAACGCAUCAGGGGUUUCUGGGAGUGGCAGGUGGUCCACACAGGGCUGCCGCCUGAUACACACAAACAACACACACACCACCUGCGCCUGCAACCACCUGUCUAGUUAUGCUGUCCUCAUGACGUAUCAGCAGCCUGCUUUUGGUGUCGGUGUGGAGGAGCUUCUCGUCUAUGUGGUUUCUUGGGUGGGCAUUUCUGUGGCGCUGGUGUGUUUGGCCACCUGCCUUACCACCCUAUGCUGCCAGGGGGCGCCGUGGCACACCGACCACAGCACCAUCCACUGUAACCUGUGGGCCAACCUGCUCAGCACAGAGCUGCUGUUUCUCGUUGGGGCAAACAAGACUCAGUACACAGUGGUGUGCUCCAUCAUCGCCGGCCUGCUGCACUUCUCUCUGCUGGCUUCGUUCUGCUGGUUGUGUCUGGAGGGGGUGGAGCUCUACCUGCUGCAGAGGGAGGUGUUUGAGGGACGCAACUCCAGGAGGAAGUACUUCUACCUGUGUGGAUACUCCAUCCCCGGGCUGGUGGUAGCCGUGUCUGCAGCCAUUGACUUCAGAGGCUACGGCUCCACAACAGCAUGCUGGCUGCGAACAGACAAUUACUUCAUCUGGAGCUUCGUGGGCCCUGCUGUGGUCAUCAUUACGCUGAACCUGGCUGUCUUGGUGAUGACCUUACAUAAGAUGCACAGCACUGCUGCUUUAAAGCCAGACUCUAGCCGCCAUGACAACCUGAGGGCGUGGGCGGUGGGCUCCCUGACGCUGCUCUUCCUGCAGAGCGUCACCUGGUCCUCGGGCCUGAUGUUCCUGUCCGCUCCGUCUCUCAUCCUGGCCUACCUCUUCUCCUCUCUCAACACCGCCCAGGCCCUGCUCAUCACCAUCCUGCACUGCACACUCGCCAGAAAGGGUCAGAAGGACUACGGCCGCUGCCUGCGUCUCUCGCAGUGCUGUGUCACUUCCUCCUCCAGUUCUCCUGACUCAGUAAAAGGGGCCGCUCUGCGCUCAAACAGUCGCUACACCAGCAGCCAGAGCCGGAGAGCGACAGCCAACAGACAGAGUCGAAUCAGGAGGAUGUGGAACGACACUGUGCGCAGGCAGACCGAGUCUUCUUUCAUCGCUGCAGACGUAAACAACACUCCCACUCUGAACCGAGCUCCUUUAGGGAACCACUUCCUCACAAAUCCAGUGCUGCAAACUCAUGCUGGAGCGUCACCUUACGACACAAUGUUGGCGCAGGGAUACAACCAGCCCUUCACCGCCACAGAGGGCGGCGUGACCCAGAGCCAGGAGUCCUGCGGGUUGGACAGUGUGUGUCUCAACGGAGGCUACACCCCCAACACCUUUACCCUCCACGGUUUGGGAACCACACCGGGGUCUCGAGCUGGAGUGGUGGGCAGCACGGACCUCCUGAGAGAGGGAGGAGACGACAUCUCCCCUGCCCUCCUCACCCCCCAUGGAGCCUCAGAUCUGGGUGGCGGUGCAGGAAUGCGUCGGAACCUGUCAGAUGCUGCUGCGCUGGAGAAGAUGAUCAUCUCAGAGCUGGUGCAGAGCAACCUGCGGCCCUCUGUCCCGAUGCCAGUCCCUCCAGAGCGCUACGGAAGCCUGGCGAGGCCUCACCACCACGACAGAGCAGCUCUUACCCACACCGCCACUUUGACUCGACACACACAGGCGCCGCCACCUCCUCAGCAGGAGAGCUGGGCUGCUACAGUUCAGCCGAACACUCGCCUCAAUGCACAAGAAGGCUGGGCGCCACCGAGGCACCAUGCACAGGACUCUGAAACUCAUUCCAUCGCACGCGGACCCGAUCACGCUACAACUCCACGCCUACAAGACGGCUGGUCGCACUCACGUGUAGAUUCUGAAUCCCAUGAGCUUCUCAAAGACAGUGACAGGCUGCAGCUGCAAGGCACUCUGGGUCGGCGUGGGCUGCAGGACCGGCAGCAGGCACGCCCCCCUGAUGUUCAAGCACGGCCCUACUCUACCCUCAGCAGGACGCCUGGUACCCUAUCCCGACACCGCAGCACGGUGGAGCCAAACGGAGGGACAGACAGAGACAGAGAGAGGGACAGGGAGAGAGAGCGGGAGCGGUACCGGGACAGGCCUCUCCCUCCUCCUCCUCCCCCUCCCCCGCAGGAGUCAGAGCCGCUGUACAAAGCUCUGGAGGAGCCGCUGCUGAUGAAGCAGAGGGAGGCCUGUGUUGAGUCAUGGAGAGGACAGGAUUUAGAAAAAGAUGAGACAUUUCUCCUAAAAAGAGACGGAAUAAUGGACGACUGGAGGGCAGGGAGUGAGAGAGGGAGGGAUGAGUCUUUCAGCUCUCAGAAAAGAGAAGGAGAGAUUGAUGAAUGGAGAGGAGGCAUGGAGAGAGAGAGGGAAGAGUCCCAUCUGUUGGAGAAGAGAGGUGGGAGGAUGGAGGUGUGGCGGGGAGGAGAGGCGGAGCAGGAAGAGACUUUUAUAACUCAGAAGAAGGAUUUUGGGAGCGAGGGAUGGAGAGUUGGAAUGGAUAGAGAGAAAGAUGAAUCCUUGUUUUUGAAGGACAGAGAGGGAUGGCGAGCGGGGAUGGAACGAGAGAACGAGAAACAGAAGGCGUUAGACGUGUGGAGGGGAGGAGUGGACGUGGACAGAGACGAGUCUUUCCUGUUUGAGAGUAAAGAUGGAGGUCUGGACGCCAGGAAAAGAGGCUCUCUGCGUUACCACGGUGAGCGAGAGGAUUCUGACGGCUACACUCUGCCUUUGACCCCCGACCUGGACCUGGACCCUGACUCCUCCCCCAUCUACGCCCGGGAUUCAAACCCCUCUCCGCUCUACCCCGGAGAGCGCCGCUCACCGCCUCUUAACAUCUUUCCACGAAGCUCUCCACCGACAAACAUCUUCGCCCCGCGAGACUCCAACUCGCCUCCGAACAACCUGUACUCCCGCCACUCCCCUCAGGUGUACAGCCGCAGCAGCUCCCCUCCUCGCUUCUACACCCGCACCUCCCCCCCGACCCUCUCGUACCCCGACAGCAGCCCUGAAGGUCCUGAGGAGAUCAGCCCCACCGGUCCACCCCAGCGACCUGCUCUGGAGCUCCCCUACAGCCUGGGACGGCCCCCUCUCGGCCCGCGGCCCAAUCACCUGCAGACCUUCUACCAGCCGCCGCCGCUGGCGACCAAUGGGGACGCAGCGUACACAGCAGAGCCCACCUCGGAGGGAGAGGACGGACAGAUGCAGCGGGUGACGAGCCUGUGACUAGGGCGGUGGUGAUCGGGGGAUAGAAACCAGGCAGGAGGAGGAAGAUGGCGGUAACAACGACCGAUGAAGUAAAACAGAUGGAAACAAUGAUGAUGAUGACGAUAACACUUUAGAGGAUGAUACCGGAUGAUGAUGAUGAUGAAGGGUAAAAUGAUGACAGUGAUUGCUCCUUCCUGCUUCUAUCUCCUGGUCACCACGAGACUUCCCCCUUUUCAUGUUUUGUUACUUUUCUACGACUGUGAUCCAUUUUUAACUCUUCCUCCUCUUCCUCUCUCUGUCCUCUGACCCUGCUGUGUCUUCCUAGCUCAUUGGUGCUUUUCCUUGGUUACUUUAUUUUAUUUUUUUGCUCAUUGUCUUCGUUUCUAUCGGUUGAUCGGCCGGGUGUCGUCCCUCCCUGUAGCAAACAAACAAUGUGUCAAAGAAGCACUUGUGUGUUGCCAAAAAAUCCUUUCAAAGAACAUGUGCAUGACUUUCUAGUGGCUUUUACCAGGCUGCAUACUGUAGGAGGAAAGAGCUGAUGUGUGUGUGAGUGUGCCUGAGAGUGUGUGUGUGUGUGUGUGUGUGUGUGUGUGUGUGUGUGUGUGUGUGUGUGUGUGUGUGUGUCUGCGAAGCUUGAUGAGCAUGUGUGUGUGAGAGAGUGCGUGCUUGUAUAUACAUCAUUCUUGUAUAAUUAAUGUAUCACAGUGAAGCAUUUUAUCAACAUCAAACAGGGGGCCUCUUACACACAUCCCCUCUGACUGAUUUUGAACUCUUGACCAAUCCCAUUUUCACAUCAAGACCAAAAGCUCCUCCCCGGACCUCCACCUGCCACAGACUGUCAGAGACCAAUCUGGUUGCAGUGGAGUUUGUCAUAGCAGCAGAACUUUUGAACUCCGGAGCCAGAGAUCAUAUAAAACCUCAAGACUUUUCUGCAGCCCCCUGAGAUCCUUGUACAUAUUGACCUCAAGUGUUCUGAUUGUCUUGUAUUGCUAUUGAAGUUCAAGUAAACAUGUGAAAUAAAA